CUUACCGCCAGGGUUUGAUUAACUCCCUGGGAUCUUGAUGAUCUGUAUCUAUUUUGAGGCACUUGGCAGUGCGCCUGCCCCUCCCCCUGCAGCAGUUGUACGUCCCACAAGUGUUUUUCAUUCAGGCAGUGACAGAAGCAGUAACCAGGUCAGCAGUCUGGGGAGCACAAGUCUGCACUAAACCCUACAGUCCUGUACCCUACAAUUCUGUACAGGCUGCACUAAAAACAGCUCCUGAACCUCAACACUUGGAUUUACCCUCAGCACAAGAGCAGGACUCAACACUGAAGUCUCCUCCUUCAAAGCUUGGCAACGCAGCAGACAAGGACAUUCGACAUUGUUCACUCUGUGCCAAGCAGCUGGUUACUAUGGCGACGGUACCCCGGCUACCGAGCAACGCAUCAGCCUAGCAGCAGAGUCUACAUGGGGUAACUUUGACAAGCAGCAGCUCAGCAGAGUCCAACUGUCAGUGUCCCAGCUCGAGGCAAGAACUCGCAAAGCUGUCGGGCCGUAGUUUUCCCACCUGUCACAAAGAUGUUCCUGUUCCGUGCCCUGCUGUGUGCCCUGGCCGGCCUGCUGACCCUCCCGGGGGUGUCAGCUGACCAGUGCCCCUCCCCCUGCACCUGCUACCUCCAAACCUACCCUGUACGGGCCAACGCCAUGGACUGUAUCAACAUCGGGCCCGACCCUGUCCCGUCCCGCCUGGCCAACGGGACCGAGAUCCUCAAACUGUACCACAACAACAUCUCGCACGUGCCGGCCGACUGGUUCCGCGGCCGCGCCUACACCCGCCUGCAGAUGCUCUAUCUCUCCUACAACUCCAUCCGGACUGUCGACCCCGCCGCCUUCCGGGCGCUACGGUUACUGCAGGCGCUCUACAUCGACUAUAACGACAUCAGCGACCUGCCCCAAGGCGCCUUCACGGACCUGCACUCGCCGGUGCUCAGCCUGAGUCAUAACAGGCUAGAGACGCUGGGACCCGGGGUGUUCGCAGGACACAUGCAGCAACUCGACAUUUCCUACAACAACAUCGCUGAGAUCACGGCGGGAGCGUUCCAGGGGCUGUGGAGUCUGGAGGUGCUGAAGCUGGACAACAACCGGCUGGAGCGCAUCGAAGCACAGGCCUUCGCUGGGCUCGGCAACAUGCGCUACCUGCACCUGGCACACAACAUGCUCACAACACUGGAGCCACAGACGUUCGCUGGGCUCGAGAAGGUGAUGUUUAUCUGGCUGCACGACAACGUUCUGGACCGCCUACAGGACGGAACGUUUGAUGACAUCGGCUCCAACGUUGUCGACACGAUCGACCUCUCCAACAACCACAUCGCUGCGGUUGGUCCUGCCACAUUCCGCGGGCUGCGUGAGGUCAACGACCUGAAGCUGUCGGACAACAUGCUGACGGACGUCCCUACAGAGGCUCUGAGCGGGCUGAGGCUCACGCACCUGUACCUGGACUAUAACCCGAUCUCCCGCAUCGCCGCGGGCGCGUUCCGCGGGCUGGAGGGCCUGCAGAUCCUGUACCUGGCCAACAUGCCGGAGCUUGCCAACAUCGAGGACUCGGCCUUCGCCAACCUGCACCACCUGCGGGAGCUCUACCUGUUCGGGAACUUCCUCCUGUCCGCCAUCCACCGCGACGCCUUCCUCGGCCUCUGGUCCCUCCACAAGCUGUCCAUGUGGCACACCGCGCUGUCCGGCCUCGAGCCAGACGUCUUCCGACACUUAAGGACCCUCAAGGAGCUGCUCCUGAAUGGUAACGUCCUGUCCACGCUGGACUCGCGCAUCUUUAACUGCCUGGACUCCCUGGAGGAGGUGUACCUGUACGACAACCCGCUGCGCUGCGACUGCCGCCUGCGAUGGCUGCGCGUCUGGAUGGAAACAACCACCGUCAACUUCGAGCCCGACAGCCAAUGGCUGUCCUGCUUCUUUGGCGCCAGCUACCGCCGCGUCACCAGCAUCGCGCUCGACGAGUUUCGCUGUAACGACACGGAAUAUCAUGAUCAGCCCACCUGUGAACCCAUUCCGACCUUUGAACCCUUGUUGCCGAGCACCCCGGAGGCAGAGCGACCGUUCGUAGCGCCCCCGACGGCGUCGGUUCAGAGCCGGCAGCUGAACGUGACGACAAACAGCAUCACGGUUGGCUGGUCGGGCGUUCCCGACGGGCAGUACGUCGUGCGCUUCAACGUGAUUGGCUCGGCAGACGUGCAGGUCAGCGCCCUGAAGCGCGACCCCGUGUUCACGCUGGACGGUUUGUCGGCAGGACGGGUGUACAACAUCUGCCUGGUGCUGAUUGGUCCAGACCGUGGGAACCGCGCCCUGCAGUGCACCACGGUGUCCACCGCCAAGGAGAGCUCGAACACGGGCGUGAUCAUCGGCGCGGUGCUGGGGCUGCUCAUCGCCCUGCUCCUAUUGGUCUGCAUCUUGGUCUUCUGCUGCUGCAUCCGGCGCAAGAAGCAGCAGCAAGACGCCGAGGUGCCCGUGCACUUCUCCGCAGCCAACGGCGAAAUCAAACACGACGGGGCCAACAGCGCCCCCAAGGACGAUAAGAAGAAGGGGCGGUCGCGGCGGGGACUGACCCCUGACCCCGAGGAGCCGUCCUACAGGGACAUGGCGGAGGACAAUCCGCUCAUCGUCAACGGGAAGGACGAUGGCAAGAUGGGCGCCGUCUCGGAAAUGUUCACAAACACCCACGCUGAGGUCUGAGGGUUAGAUACACCCACACUAGAUACACCCACGCUGAGGUUUGAGGGUAAAUACACCCAUGUAGAGGGCUGAGGGAAACUGGAACUGUAGAGGUAACCGUUUGUGUUUAGCUGGAGGUUUGUGGAAAAUCAGAUGUUUUUGACUGUCGGGGUUUGAGUGGAAACUGAAACUGGAGACUCCCUAGGAUUGUCUAAUCUUCUGUAGAGUGAGAAUGGCUGUUGUCAAUGGAGAGAUCUACUGUAGCCACUGUUGCUAUGGAUAUGUACGAUUGUUGCCUGGGCAACUAGGAAUUGUUGCUAAGUAGAGGAGCUACAGAGGAAAGAUUCUAUCAUUGCUAAGGAAAGGCAAUAUUAUUGCCAAGUACAGGAUAUUCUGUUUCCAAUUAAAGAUUCUAUUGUUGCUAAGGUAAGAUUCUAUCUUGGCUAAGGAAAAAUUCUUGCAAUGCUGGGGAAAGAUUUUACCAUUUCUAAGAUUUUACCUGGGGAAAUAUGACAUUGCUACUACAGUAAAGUAAGGUGCUACUUCUGCCUGGAGUUGACUCUUGGAACGAAGUGGUCCUGUCAGAGGGUAAAUAUUCAUCAAUACAUGAAAACAUUUAGCUAGUUUGGUCAAGGUCAAGGUUUUACAAACAGCUGGCUGGUUUCCGUUUGCAUUUCUUCAUUUUGUGCUUAAAGAAUAUUAGAUGCUGAAUAUUAAAUCAAACUUCCAAAAGAAAUACUAAACCCUAAAUAUACAAAUGCCUGUCUAACAUGACUAAUAUAGAGGGACGAAAUGUUUAAGUAUGGUUCAGGAGAUACAAGUUGUCAAGAUGGUCGAGAAAUGACAAUCUGUGCUGUAUGAUUGAGCUGUUGAUUAUAAAUUACUAAAUGAAUGAAUAAAUACAUGUAAAUAAGCCAUGA